GCUUCCGCUGCCAGGGCAAACACCAAACAGGACUGACUGCUAACAGCUGAAUAUUUUCUGGAGGAGUCGGGAAUUCCGAGUGAUAAUGAAAAGGCAAGACACUGAGGACCAAGUCAUGGACAACAGUGGAGGCUCCAGUGCAGAGGGAACAUUAGCAAGUCCCGCUUCUCCUGAGGGAACCGAGAGCCCAAAAGAAGGAGCCGCACAGGCCGACAGCGCUCCAGCUACUAAAUCCAAGGCAGAUGAGGCUUCAGCAGAAGCUGGAUCUCAGUCUACAUCUCGUGACAUGGCCGAGGAGCUAAGCAGACAGCUGGAGGACAUCCUCAACACGUACUGUCAUGAGGAUGCCGGUGAAGACCCGGCUGUGCCGAACGGCCAGCCAGAUGGUGCUGAGGUCAACGGGCUGGUGAAGAGGGAGGACAGCAAGUCUGAAGAUGCCAGAUUAAACGGCAACGGUAGCACAGAGAAAGACCAGAAGAAGCAGCAGGAGAAGAAGAAAGUUAAAGGGCUUGGGAAGGAAAUAACACUUCUCAUGCAGACUCUGAAUACGCUGAGCACCCCAGAGGAAAAACUAGCUGGCCUGUGCAAGAAGUACGCCGAGCUGCUUGAGGAGCACCGUAACUCUCAGAAGCAGAUGCAAGCCCUGCAGAAGAAGCAGGCCCAGCUGAUUCAGGAGAAGGACCAGCUGAGAAACGAGCACAGCAAAGCCAUCCUGGCACGCAGCAAGCUGGAGAGCCUGUGCCGUGAGCUGCAGAGACACAACCGCACGCUCAAGGAGGAGGGGGUGCAGCGUGCUCGGCAGGAGGAGGAAAAGAGGAAGGAGGUGACGUCCCACUUUCAGCUGACGCUGAACGACAUCCAGGCGCAGAUGGAGCAGCACAACGAGCGCAACGGCAAUUUACGGCAGGAGAACGUGGAACUGGCCGAGAAGCUCAAGAAGCUCAUCGAGCAGUACGAGCUACGGGAGGAGCACAUAGACAAAGUGUUUAAGCACAAAGACCUGCAGCAGCAGCUGGUGGAUGCAAAGCUUCAUCAGGCUCAGGCUCUGCUGAAGGACUCCGAGGAUCGACACCAGAAAGAGAAAGAGUUUCUACUGAAAGAGGCGGUGGAAGCACAGAGGAUGUAUGAACUCAUGAAGCAGCAGGAAGUUCAUCUAAAACAACAGUUGUCUUUAUACACAGAGAAGUUUGAAGAGUUUCAGAACACGCUGUCCAAAAGCAACGAGGUGUUCACGACCUUUAAACAGGAGAUGGAGAAGAUGACAAAGAAGAUUAAGAAGCUGGAGAAGGAGACGACUAUGUACAGAUCCCGAUGGGAGAGCAGUAACAAAGCCCUGCUGGAGAUGGCAGAAGAGAAAACUCUUCGUGAUAAGGAGCUGGAGGGCUUGCAGGUGAAGGUUCAGAGGCUGGAGAAGCUGUGUCGCGCCCUGCAGAUCGAACGCAACGAGCUGAGCAAGAAGGUUCAGGACCUCAGCAGCGCGGUGGACGGACGGAGCUCAGAAGCCGAGACCGAGUCCCAACAAGACUCAGCGGAGGGUAGCCCCGUCCACCGGAACAGCCCCGAUUCAGAGACUCUGACCGCUCCUCAAUCUCAGGCGUGUCACUGCAGCGCGCCGGUGGAGGCCGAGUCUCAGGGGGAGGCGUGUUCAGCCCAGGACUGAGGUAACACCUCGGCCCCCCCACGUCAACGAAAUCCCCUCACAAUCUCCCCCCAGCUCUCCCUCUCCGAGCAGGAUCCUGAAUUUCUGAGGCGUUCCGUUUUGUCAGGGAAGAUUGUGCCUUCAAGAUGCUGCGAUGUUUGUUGUUUUUGUUUUACUUUCAGUUUCUGUUUGUGUGAAAAAGCUCUCGGCUUAUUACUGUACCGCUGCUGGAACGUAAAAACCCAAGUGCUGCGGUUUAGUCCCUAGCUCUGGUUUAGUCUUUUGAGCUUGGAUAAUUGAUAUAAAACCCAGACAAGUAACCAGAUCAUUCAUGUACAUUCGAUUUUUAUUAAACCACUUUUUUUUGUUAACUAAAAUGAAAGGUGGGCGGAGCAUAAUAGACUGCGCCACCUGGAUUGUGCAUAUAAACAUUCCAUAUUCCAUAAGGUGCCCUAAACCAGAUUGGCAAACGUGUGUGACGUGAUUUAAGAACAGGCUGUAGUUUGAGGUGUGUGUAUCUAUGGGAAAGGUUUAGGUUGGGUGCGUUGGCCCUCUAGUUUCAGUGCAAAAACACCCAAAAUAUUCAUUCUAUAGUAUUUUAAUGGUUUCUGCAGUUCUUCGUUUGGUGCUUUUUGGUCUUUUAUACGUUUGUGGGUUUUGCUGGGUCAAAAGUAUACAAACAGCGGCUUAGAUUAUUUAUCCGGUCAUUAGAAAGUUUUAUCAGGGCAUCAAACUUUGUAGCAUGGCUUUUUAAGUCCACACUAGUGAGAGAGGCAGAUUUCAAUUGCUGAUUUUGCUGUGCCCAUAUAAAUAGGGCUAGUUUGUACAUCAAACGGUGGUCGCCUGCUAUGGUUGGAAAGAAAUCCCAACUGUCACCACAUGCUGAGUGAUAAUUCGUCAGGGUAGCUAGCAGCGGAAGACAAAAUUGAGUGUGCUAAAUCGGGAGGAAAAUGCAUAAAAAAUAAUAAUAAAAACUAUUGUAUGGAGCUGAGGGGGAAAAAUGUAUCAGGACAUUCGUAGAUCCGUAAAUAUCAUGGCUGCAUGUUUGAUCCUGUUAGCGUUUCUCAUUAAAACAGAAUUUGUGUAGUUUCAUUUUCAGUUGGUUGAUCCUGGGCCUAAAAACAACAGAGUUGAUCUCACCAGAAAUGGCUUUGGUUUUUGUUUCCUUUCAUCAGCAGGGCGUUGGGUAGUGAGUUUGGUAAGCUGCGUUCUCGAAAACAUUCCCAAAAGACGGCGUGCGCUUCAGGAGGUUGUGACCACUGGCUUUUACUUUCAUUUAUCUUUGUUUAAUCAUGCAUAUCCUCAUAAUGGACCAUGAUGUUGCUAAAAGCUGUACUGUGUCCUAACAUGAUUGUAUAAAGGAAGCUAAAUAUAACAUUGCGAAAUAUUUAAUUUUCUACACAUAUCCAGUUUGCUGUGUUAAAUAAAGAGAUAUUAAAAUGAUAAACUAUGCAAUUCUAGUGCCGUUCAUAUUUGUCAUUAUGAAAAAAUCUACAUGUAUGCAUUAUAAUUUACAUAAUGUUUCAUUUACGAUACGUUUCUUUUUAACCUUAAUCAUUAACCUGAACACUAAAUUUCUUUCAUUUUUUUUUAAAUUCUGAAAUUACAAUUUGCAGCAAUGUUCUGGGUUUGUUACUAUUAUUAUUAUUUUCAUUAUUAUUUAUUUCACACAAUAACUGCACCUCUGCUUUCACCUGCUCCCACAGCUCACUUCCUCCGGACACAGCCACUGUUAUUAACGGUACCAAAGAUCUUUCUGUUGCUAUUAUUUUCCCCCCCAUUCUGUAAACUCUAGUUUCACAUUAAAGAAAUUUAACUGAA